GUGGUUUAGAAAUAGAUUUUCAAUCAGUUGUCCUUUCUUGGUUUCAGAGAAGUGAAAAUAAUGUCUGCUAGAAACAGUAGAGAUUUUAACAAUCUUGCGCCAAGGCCAUGGAGACCUUUCCAAUCUGAGUCUGCUCCUGAAUCAUUGGUUGUUAGAAGGUUUUCAAAUGCUAGUCUGAAGACAGCAGAACUAGUUGUUCAUACUACAAAUUCUGAAAACAGGAAUCACAAUGAUGAGUCUGACGUCAGUAAAUUGAACAGGAACACUCCUACUCCCCUGGUAAGACAAUCUGUAAAGUCUGCACUGUUGCCCGUGGGUCAGUACCAUACAGCAAAGAGACCAGAACGCAGUUCAUCAGAAUCUAGCAUUAAUGAGUUUGUGGAAAGUCUAUCAGAAUCCUUUAUUUCUGAUCAGCAUAACAUUUGUUCUAAUGUUAACCACAUUCCAGAAAAAUCAUCUCAAUUAUUAAAAUCAGAUGAAUUUGAAAAAUUAUCUGGUUCUUUGAUUGAGAAUGAAAGAAAAGAGCAGGACAAUAAAGAAGAUUCUGUGGAAAAUGUUGGUGAUUUUGACCAAUCCAUUAAUUCCAAACCAAAUGAGAUCUCCGCAUCAACAGUUCAUACAGAAAUUAAAUCCUCCUCAUCUACACAGUCACACAAUGAUUCAUAUUCAUCUGAGGAAGGAGGAGAUGAAAAUGUGCAAUACAGUUCUAGAUGGGCAGAAGAAAUUGAUGAUACAGUGCACAAGUCACUGUCAUUUAUUUCAUCAGAAGAUACUGAUGGUUUAGCCAAAGAAGUACUUGAGGAAGUAGUUAAGGUGUCAAGGAGAAAGGUUGAGCAAAUUGUUGAUGUUAAGAUUAGGAGAUCGAUGCGGAAAUCUCUUAUUGAUUGUAUUGAGGGUGAAGAGGCCCUGAAAGAGAUCACCUCUGUUGACAUUCCUCAAAUUGGCUCUGUACAAGAUGUUACGGAUGGAAAUGUUUUCUCUGAAGUAGUUGAAUCGGACGAUGAAUCUUUAGAGGAUAAUUAUAAACCUCCUGAGCUGCCUCUAACUCUUUCUCCUGCUGAACUGAGUAAACAAUUGGAACACAGAUUGUUUGCAGAAGCAGAGUUUUCAAAAGAAUGUCCAGAUUGUGAAAAUAUCAAAAGCUUUGAAAAACAUCAAUCCAUUGGAGAACCCUCAGAAGUUUCCCAAGAGGAAACCCAGAAAGUCCCAGAUGAAGGACUAGAACUUCCAUAUUUAAAAAAAGAGGAACCUUUAAAUUUCACACAGGUCAAAACAUCCAUUGUAGAAGAGGAAGUCUCAGAACAAUCAAAGCUUGAAAAUGGUAAAAACAUCAGUCUUGUACAUGAUAGAGGUGGUUUUUAUGGAGCUUCCGGUGUUGUUAAGCUUUUGGAUAAUAGAGCAUCUAAUUUUUCUUUUGGGCGGAUGCUUAGUCUUAGCACUGGUGCUCAAAUGGUGAUAGAAGCGUUCUCCCAGUCCAAGUCACUAAAGGACAAUCUAGAAAUACUGAAGAAAGGAACAACUCUCUAUAAAAUUAGAGAUAAGGGAUUAAGAGGGAUCAACUUGUACAAAAGGACAUACUGGCUGGACAUGGAGAACCUGUUGCUAAGGUUUACUCCUCACAAGGAGAAUUCAAAGAUCCCAGGCUGCAGCUCUGUCGAAGGGGGGUCUUACUACAACUUGAAGGAUAUAAGUGAAGUAAGAACAGAGUACAGUACAGAUAUCUUCAAUAAGAUCAGUAAUAAAACAGCUCAUCCAAAGUAUCGAAAAGUGAGUAUAACAACUGCUUUCUCCUUGAUUUUUGUCCCAGAAUCAAACCUUCAUGAAUUAGACUUGGUAGCUGAUGAUCAGGUGACCCGAAGUGCAUGGGUAGAUGCGAUAUCCCAUCUAGUAUUAACCCUUAACAGUUUAUCUCAUCAGAAGGAAUACGAGCUUUAUCUCAAGACAGCGUUUAGGAAAGCUGAUGAGAAUGAAAGUGGGUAUCUAAACCUAGAUGAGGUGAAGGACCUGUGUAAGGGACUGAAUGUGAAGAUUGCUAAGGACGAGAUGAUUCGUCUUUUCAAUAUUGCGAACACGGACAGGGGGAAUUUGAACAGCAAGGACAAAGGACAGGUUUUGAACGAGGAUGAGUUUCUAAGUUUCUACUUUAAACUGAUGACAAGACCGGAUAUAGAUGAAAUUUUUCAGAAAUUUUCAGAAACAACAGAAAAGGGUUCUUUUAUGACCCCUGGCAAACUGUUGGAGUUCUUUAAUGAGAAGCAAAAAAUGCCUUUAGGCCUAGAGGAGUGUAUUGGAAUUAUCAGGAAUCAUGAGAUUGACGAGGAUAAAACUAGAUUUUCUAAACAAGGAUUUCUUCAGUUUCUUAUGUUCUCAGAACUACAGGAUGUGAUGGACCCUGUAGAGAGGAAGCAGGUUAGGGACGAUAUGUCACAACCAUUGUCCCACUACUGGAUAGCAUCGUCCCACAAUACCUAUCUGACCGGAAACCAGCUGACUGGAGAGAGCAGUAUUGAUGGAUAUAUUAAUGCUCUGAAACUUGGAUGCCGCUGCGUAGAGUUGGACUGCUGGGAUGGUGAUGAUGGUGAACCUAUAAUAUAUCACGGACAUACCCUCACCACCAGUAUCCUCUUUAAGGAUGUUGUCGAGGCUGUCAAAAACUACGGUUUUGUCAGGUCUCAUUAUCCACUAAUUCUCUCCAUUGAAAACCACUGUGGCUUAGAACAGCAAGAGAAAAUGGCGGACUAUCUUGUGAAAAUAUUGGGAGAUUUGCUGCAUAAAGAUGCACCAGAAGACGACAUUGACCACCUUCCUUCACCGCACCAGCUGAUUAACAAGGUUCUGAUCAAAGCUAAGAGGCUUCCUGCUGGUGUAUCAGAAGACGAUGAGAUCGAGGAUGAAGAUGAUGAUCAUGACGAUGAGAAGAAUAAGAAAAUGAAGAAGAAGAUUUCAAAGAAGUUGUCUGAUCUUGUAAACUACAUCCAUGCUGUGCAUUUCAAUGGGUUCGAUGAUAAAGAUGCCAAGUAUUUCCACAUGUCCUCCUUUGGAGAAUCGAAGACGACAAAGCUGAUUGAAGAUCCGGACACUGCACGCCAAUUUGUUAAAUAUAACACGCGGCAAAUAAGCAGAAUAUAUCCCGGUGCUAAAAGACAGGACUCGUCUAACCUAAAGGUUAUCCCGUACUGGGCUGCCGGAUGCCAGAUAGUGGCUCUCAACUAUCAGACGGAUGAUAAACAAAACUUGUUAAACCGUGCUCUCUUCAUGGGCAACGGAGGCUGCGGAUACAUUCUGAAACCAGAGUUCCUUAGGAAUCCCUCAAUCCACUACAAUCCAUACAAACUUAAUGGCCUGAGUAAGGCAAAGUUUCCCGGAAUGACCUUGAGUCUUGAGAUAGUUUCCGGUCAACAUAUACCUAGACCUCAGGGAGCAGAUGAGGGGGAGGUCAUUGACCCUUAUGUUGAGGUCCGGAUCCGGGGCCAUAAUGAUGAUUUCUUGAACGAGGAAAACAAGGUGGAAACCAAGCAUGUCAAGAACAAUGGUAACAUUGGAGGAUUUUAAUAGGGACUGUCAAGCCGAUUUCAAAUGGCGC